AUGGCAGGAAAGAAGAAAGAAGUUCAACUACAGGUAGUAGUAACCAAUCAAAGUCAAUGGGAUGAAAUGUUGCUGACUAAAGGUGUAACAGUAAUAGAUGUUUAUCAGGCUUGGUGUGGGCCUUGCAAAGCUGUGGUAAAUUUAUUCAGAAAACUAAAAAAUGAGCAUGGUGAAGAUGACCUUUUGCAUUUUGCUGUGGCAGAGGCUGACAGCAUUGUGACCCUGCAGACAUUUAGAGACAAAUGUGAACCUGUUUUUCUCUUUUGUGUUGAUGGCAAAAUUAUAGCAAUGGUGCGAGGCACAAAUGCACCACUUCUCAGUAAGACAGUAAUAAAGCUAUUAGAAGAAGAGAGGAAAAUUUUAGCAGGGGAAAUAGAACGCCCUGAGGUACAAGAGCUUGUGUUUUUAGAAGAGAAAACAUCAGAAGUAUAUAGUGAAGAAAGCCAACUUGAAGAAGGAGUCAUAUACACUGUUGCAAUUAUAAAACCUGAUGCCAUUGCAGAUGGAAGAGUAGAAGAAAUUAAACAAAAGAUUACAGAAGCUGGCUUUGGCAUUGCGGCAGAAGAGGAGAAGACAUUAACUGAAGAGCAAGUUAGAGAUUUCUACAGUCGCAAUAUAGAACAGCCUGAUUUUGAAGAUUUUGUUACAUUCAUGACUGGUGGACCAUCCCAUAUUCUGAUAGUUUCUAAACCAAAGGAAGUAACUGAUACUGUUCCUCAAUGGAAAGAACUAGGUAGAUCAGAUGAGUGUAUACCUGCAAAGCCUCAGCCUGAAAAGCCAAACAGCUUGCAAGAAGUUUUGGAAUCCGAGAAUAUGUUAAAUUUAUGUGAUGUGGAAGACAGUGUAGAAGAUGCUAGCAGGCAACUCGCCUUCUUUUUCCCAGAUUUUGGUAAAAAGAAGACCAGCCAAAAUGCUGAAAAAACAUUGGCCUUAAUUAGACCUUCUUUAUUAAAGGAAAGACGAAAUUCUAUUCUGAAAAGGAUUAAGGAUGAUGGCUUUACAAUAGCAAUGCAGAGAGAAAUUGUUCUGACAGAAGAACAAGCACGUCAGUUUUACAAGGAACAUGAAAAUGAAGAUUUUUUCCCAACCCUUCUAGAACACAUGACAAGUGGUCCAACCCUUGCACUUGCUUUAAUACGAGAAAAUGCUGUACAACACUGGAGAGAUUUACUAGGCCCAAAGACUCUUGAAGAGGCUAAGGAGAAAAGUCCAGCCAGUUUACGUUCAGAGUAUGCAGUAGACAGUGUACCUCUCAAUCAGCUGCAUGGCAGUGCUUCACCUGGUGAAGCUGAGAAGGAACUAGAAUUCUUCUUUCCUGUGGAACACACUUUGGCAGUUAUCAAACCCACUGCUGUUAAGGAACAUAAAGAUGACAUUAUGCAGAAGGUUACAAAUGCUGGCUUUAUUGUAUCACAGAUGAAAGAAACAAAUUUCACCCAUGAAAUGGCAACACAGUUUUAUAAGGCUCAUGAAGGAAAACCCUUUUUUGACCAGUUAGUGAAUUAUAUGUCUGAGGGUCCAUCAGUGAUAAUGAUCCUAACUAAAGAAAAUGCUGUGGAGGAGUGGAGGCAAUUAAUGGGUCCAACAGAUCCAGACGUGGCAAAAAAAUCUUCUCCUGAUUCUCUUAGAGCUCAAUUUGCACAAGAUAUUUUGUGUAAUGCAGUUCAUGGCUCAUCUAAUAAGGAACAUGCACUGAAGAGCAUUGAAUAUGUAUUUGGAGAGGUUGAUCUGAACAGUCUAAGCCACAACUGA